AUGAACUCUCAACUACCUAUAACUGAUCCCCAAGAUCCCAUCUUUAAAAACAAAUCUACAGAGGGAUACGUGCCUAGCGACGAAGAUGAAGUCAAGCCUGUUAAGCGUUCUGGAAGGAGAAAGAUCAAGAUUGAAUAUAUUGGAGAUAAAAAUAGAAGGAAUAUUACUUUUUCAAAGCGUAAGGCUGGUAUUAUGAAGAAGGCUUAUGAGCUCAGUACACUGACGGGUACCCAGGUCUUAUUGCUCGUUGUCUCUGAAACUGGUCUUGUCUAUACUUUCACAACUGUCAAGCUUCAGCCUAUUGUAACAAAACCUGAAGGAAAGAAUCUAAUUCAGGCCUGUUUGAAUACUCCUGACCUAGGUCAAGAUGAAGAGCACGCUUCUUAUGGCCAAUCAGCAUCAGGUGAGGACACAGCCGCAAAAUUGAAAGAUAAGGGCUCCAAGAGAACCGAACCUACUUAUACACCCUAUCAACCACCAUCCUAUGACUCACCAAAUACUGCAGAGAUACCUAAGCCAUCCCUUACCAAUGCUAUUCCUGUUUCAGCAUCAAAUACCUCCAACCCAAAUACUGUUGGUAGCAUUCCUCCUAUGAAUGCGGGUCCAUAUGGCUACAUGGGCUACUCUCAACAGCCACAAAAGCCUAUGCAACAUCAUCAUCAUCAUCAUCAUCAACAACAGCAACAGCAACAGCCAUUCAGUCAGUUACCACCAGUUCCCAACUUCAAUGCAGGAUACUGGCAUGGUGAAAGGAAGCAAAACUAA